GCUCCUCCCACUGCUCUCUGCUAUGUUUCCAGUUUCAGAGGGAAAAACACAACUUGUAUGUUGAGAGUGAGUCAUAACCUCUCUUCUGCUACUGACUCACUUGGGAGUUUGAGGGUCGCGUGUUAGUUUUGUUGGAGAGGAGUGCAGGCUCUCUGUUAUUCGACGCGAGAGCUGGCAGAUGUCCCAAGUGAGAGAACCUCUUCCUCCGGGGCCUGGCGGGCCAGAGCAAGCUCCGACUGAAAACAGCUCUUUGAUCUCUCUCCCUCGAGAAAAAACUGACCAAGAGAAUACUGUGGCAGGAGAUAAAGACAUAAACCAGCCUUCCAGUAACCAAAGUAUACAAGCAGAGAUACAAGAGCAGUCCAUCUGGGGAAAUCGCACCGAUGCUGACCUCAUCACAACGCAACCUCAACGUUUGCCUCAGCCAAAUACUUCAGCACUGGAAAGGGGUGAGGAAGAAAGUGGCAAAAUCCAGAAUGGCCACGUGGGUCUGAGUAAUGGAAGUGGACUUCACAACGGGGUCAAGCACAUGCCUGCAGAUAACAGAACACUUUCAGCUCCUGUUUCAGAAAAAAUGCACAGAAAAAUUCAAUCCACCUUGUCUGUCAACAGCAACAGCAGCAAGAAGAGUAAAAUAAGCUCUGUAUUUUCUCAAAAGCCAGGUACUUCACCAGAAGAUUGCUGUGUUCACUGUAUCCUGGCUUGCUUGUUCUGUGAAUUUUUCACCCUCUGUAACAUUGUUCUGGGACAAGCAUCCUGUGGCAUCUGCACAUCGGAAGCCUGCUGCUGUUGCUGUGGGGACGAGAUGGGAGAUGACUGUAACUGCCCAUGUGAUAUGGACUGUGGCAUAAUGGACGCAUGUUGUGAAUCUUCAGAUUGCUUGGAGAUCUGCAUGGAAUGCUGUGGGAUCUGCUUCCCAUCAUGAAAUAUUUAUCCCUUUUUAUUUUAUUCUCUGUAAAACUGGAGAGCUUUUCUUUAAAAACAUUUAAAGAAAGACAAGAUAAGAUUUUCACACAACCAACUGGUAUUGCACUGCUCAUUCCCUUUAUGGUUUUUUUAAAAGCAAUCCUCAAAUCUGUAUUCUAACACAGGUUGUAUAGUUUUGUAUGUGAAACUAAAGCUACAUUCCAGCUUCCUUUUGUCUUUGCAAAUGGAAGACCUUGUUGAAACCAAAUUAUAGGCCUGGUACACAGGCUGUAUGAAGGCAAAAUUGCCAUUUGAAUUGAGUGAUAGGUUUUUGGUCAGAGAACAGACUGCAGAGCAAAUCCUUACCUACUUUAAUAUUUAAACAUUCAAAUGCCUUCAUGCAUAACAUGCCUUUAUGGACUUUCUGAAAAUCAAAAUAUCUUUAUUUCUAUCUCUUUGGGUUGAAAGCAACUUUGCUCUAUUAUUUUAAACUUAAUUCAAAUGCCAGCAUCAGAAAUAUGCUGUUGUUUUUGCUACAGUGGUCAAGUUAGCAAUAUUUCUUUUGAUUUUAGUAUCUCAUUGGUUUGAGAGAGAGAUUCCUGGUAUUUUCCAUUGUCAGUAUUGAUGCUAUCUAAAAAAAUGUAGUUAAGUGUAAGUUUUGCCAUGGACUAGAAGAGUACCAAGAUUUCUUUGUUAUCAAUCAAGACAGAAUAGAGAGCUUAUAUUUUACUUCAGUACUAUUAUUACUUGAAAUGCUUCUUUUUAGAAAGAGACUUUUGAAAUCUGUGUAGGCAUGAAAUAUAUCCUUAGAGUAACAAACUAAUAGACUAACAAAUCUCCAAAAUUUGGUUAUAAGGGGGAAAUUAUUAGAAGUUAACUCAAGAAUCUAACCUGUGCUUUAAGUAGCACAGUCAGUGUUUGCGGCCUUAGAGCCAGUGUCACAAAAGUUAGUAUUUAUUUCUUCACUGUGUGAGAAAGAUCCACAGAGGGUAGCAGAAUUUACCCCAAAUAUAAAGACCAAAUUAAAACUCACUUGACCAAGGAAUUCUGUCAUUGAAUGCAAAAAGCAAGUGAAAAAAUGUUUAUAAAAAGGGUUAUCACAUUCUGAGAUUUAGGUAAUCAAGAUACCCAUUUUCUUUACCACCUGCUAGUUUCUUCCCUCCAUGUCUGAACUUUUCUUUGUAAACCACCUAUACGUCUUGAUCUCACAUACUUAAACUUUCCUAUCCAUACUUCAGAAUUUCCAUUUGUAGAUUGCUGGAUCUCAUAAAUUUAGGCCUUGUUAUAAGAAUCAUCAAUAGCCAAUAGUAUAUAUGUGUUGAGUGAAUUGACCAUAAAUGUCUCUUUAUUCUUUAGUGAAUUCAGUUUAUGCAAAUGUGACAAGCUAAAGAUCACAGGAGUGUGAAGCUAAGUCAACAAAUUGUCUAAUAUUAACCAAAGCUUCUUCUUGUGAACACUGACUAGUAGUGCCUACUACUGCAACUUAUCACUGAAGGUAACAUAACCGAAUCCUCAGCUAUACUGGGGAGCUGGGAAGUGUUACAUUUUGCCUUAACAUAUGCAAUAUUGUGGUGUACUCUGAUACCAUGUGGAUUCACCCAUGUGGAUUCAUGCAGAGGGUGUCCUAGUCUGGUU